AUGACGGAGCGAGAGCGCAAUAAUCGAGAGAGAACGCAACAACAACAACAACAACAACAGAUGGAAGAGAUUCGCUCGUUACACGCGGCGAGGUUUCGAAACGAACGCGCUUUACCGUUACCGCCGAGGAAUCAUUCCGUCGUGCAAAAUCCAAAUCCGCCUCCUCCGCUUCCGAAUCAAACGACGACGAGAAGGGAGGAGGAACGACAACAACCGCCGCGAGAACAACAACAAAAUCAACAACAACAGAGAACGCAUACGAGUGGGAUUCCAAAUUUUAUACCGGGCGCGUUAAACGUUGGGAUCGCGAUGGCGCACGCGAGGCACGCGUUAGGGAGACACUUGCAGCAGCAGCAGCAGCAAAGGCACCAAGAAGGAACGACUUCUACGCCGCCGGGCGGAGAAGAUGUAGAAGAAGAUGUAGAUGAAGAUGUAGAUGAAGAUAUUGAAGAAGAAGAAGAAGAAGAAGACAUUGCAGACGAGGAGGUGUUGCCGAAACCGUCGUAUCUGACCGACGACCAUUUGCUCGCGAUGGAGUGCGCCAAGACCGGGAAGGCGCCGGAGCAGUUGGAGAGCGAAUAUAAAGACGAGGUGUUGGCGAGGAAGUGGCAGAUGAAAGAGGCGAGGAUGGAAGAGACGAGGCAGAGGAGGAUGGUGGAGAGACGACAGGCGCAUCAGCAGCAGCAACAACAACAACAACAACAACAACAAGGAGGGUCGAGAGUUCGAAGAAGAGACGAAGUGAACGAAAGGCCCGGCGAUUCCGUUCGCCGAAGGCAAACGAGGAUCGAGAUACAAGUCGGAGGGCCAAAUGGACCAGUUUUUCGAUCCGUCAUGGGUGGUCCGGGUAUGAUGGAUAUGCUCGGCGGAAAUAGCGGACAGCAGCAUCAGCAACAACAACAACAACAACAACAACAACAACAACAACAAAACGGGAUGCCAGGCGGCGAUCCGUUCUUAGAAAUCAUGCGAGAAGUGCUCGGACAACGCGCGCCGGGCGAGGCAAGGGAGGACGUUUUGAACGAUAACAAUCGAUUCGAGAGGGCGUUUAGGAACAUGUUUCAAUCGAUAGAGCAGGAAAACGCGGCGACGAUGGGUGAUGGUGCGAUGCCGCCUGGAUUUAUGCCUGGUUCCAUCCGAGGUUUCCACGACUUGUUACGAGCCAUGCACGGCUUCGCCGCCGAGCACGCCAACGGAGGCGAAAAUUUAGCCGAAGCGCCUUUGACGCAACAACAAAUCGACGCCAUGGAAAUCAUUACCGCUAAAGGUGACGAGAAUAAUGGUGCGUGUGCGAGUUGCUCGGUUUGUUUGUCCGAUAUUGAAGGCGGAGAAAAUAUGAAGAGGUUGUCGUGCGGUCACUGUUAUCAUUCGCCGUGUAUAGAUACGUGGUUGUUACGAUCUCGCAUUUGCCCCACCUGUAGACACGACUCGACGAAACCGCCGAUGGCAGCCGCGUCGACGGAGGCGCAACGAAGGAGCGACAUGGAUUAG